AUGCCGCUCCGCACGCUGCUCCGGCACCUCUCGGCCGGCCAGUUCGCGCGCCUGCAGGCACUCACGGGCGCGGCCACGGCGCCGGCCGCGCACCGCGUCCUCCACCUCCUCCUCCGCACCGCGCCGGCCCCUCCCCUCCCCCACCUCGUCUCCCUCGCGCGCUGGUCCCGCUCCCACUUCCGCGCGCCUCUCCCGCUCCGGUUCCACGCGCUGCUGCUGGCCCGCCUCGCCUCCCACGGCCUCCACCCGCUGCUCCGCUCCGAGCUCCACGCCCUCGCCGCCGCCCGCCUCCACUCCCCGGCCUCCAUCCUCCGCGCCCUCCCCGCGUCUUCCCCCGCCACCGCGCCGCUCAUCGCCGACAUGCUCGUCCUCGCGCUCGCCAGGGCCUCCCAGCCCUUGGCGGCGUACGAGGCCUUCCACCUCCUCGGCAACAACCACCCGCGCCACCGCCCCUCCGCUUUCUCGGUGAACAGCCUGCUCUCCGCCCUUUUCGCCGCGGGUCGGGUCGACCUCGCCGAGCGGGCUUUCAAGGCGGCGCUCCGGCGACGCGUGUCCCCGGACCUUUUGACCUUUAACAUCGUCAUCUCCGGGCUCUGCAAGGCUGGGCAACUUCGCAAGGCCGGCGAUGUCGCCAAGGACAUCAGGGCGUGGGGGUUGACCCCCUCUGUGGCCACCUUCAAUGCUCUCAUCGACGGCUACUGCAAGAAGGGUCGUGUCGGGAGGAUGUACCACGUCGAUGCGCUUUUGAAGGAGAUGGUCGAGGCUGGAAUCUCGCCCAAUGUUGUUACAUUCAAUGUGCUGGUUACUGGGUACUGCCAGGACUCGAACACUGCUGCUGCGGUGAGAGUCUUUGAGGAGAUGAAGCAGCAGGGGAUUGCGCCCAGCAUGGGGACAUACAAUGCACUUGUUUGGGGUCUCUGCAGUGAGGGCAAGGUAGAGGAAGGGGUGAAGCUGGUGGAUGAGAUGCAGGAUCUGGGGCUGGCGCCUAAUGUAGUCACCCUGAAUAGUGUGCUGAAUGGGUUUUGCAAAAAGGGCAUAAUGGUAGAUGCUGAGAAUUGGGUUGAUGGUAUGGCACAGAGGAAUGUUGAACCUAACGUGGUUACUUACAAUACCUUGAUUGAUGGAUAUCGCCGGCUCGGCAAAAUGAAGGAUGCGGCGGCGGUGAAGGAGGCGAUGGCAGGGAAGGGGAUUAGUCCAAAUGUCAGAACAUACAAUUGCCUGAUAGCUGGGUUUGACCAGAGCGGGGAUUGGAGGAGUGUUUCUGGUCUUCUCGAUGAGAUGAAGGAGAAAGGUGUUAGAGCUGAUAUUGUCACUUACAAUACACUUAUUGGUGCCCUGUGCUGCAAAGGGGAAGUACGUAGAGCUGUAAAGCUCUUGGAUGAAAUGUUGAUGGUUGACUUGGAACCAGAGCAUCGGACUUACAACAACAUAAUAAAUGGGUACUGUGAGAAGGGGAACAUUAAGUCUGCCUAUGAAAUUAGGACCAGGAUGGAGAAAGGUAGGAAACGGGCAAAUGUGGUCACAUACAAUGUGUUCAUCAAGCACCUUUGCAGAAUGGGGAAGAUGGAGGAGGCUAAUGAGCUCCUGAAUGAGAUGUUGGAGAAAGGUCUCGUUCCAAAUAAGGUUACCUAUGAAAUAAUCAAGGAGGGGAUGAUGGAGAAAGGUUACGUUCCUGAUGUAAGAGGAUUCGCUUGCUCAGAAGCCUCUCAAAAUCUGACAUCCUGA